GUGAGGAUCUGUUAAUUGAGCGGAGUGUCCGUAAAGGAAUGAUCAACCCUGGAGAUGACAGGCAGACUAUCCAACACAACGGUCCUACAGCCAACUUUGAGUAUAACAUCCGUGUGCGCUGUGACGAGAACUACUAUGGCAACAAGUGCAACAAGCAGUGCCGGCCACGCGAUGACGACUAUGGUCACUACGUGUGUGACCAGUUUGGGAACAGAGGCUGUAUGGAGGGCUGGAUGGGGCCUUACUGUACAGCUGGUGAGUAGGGGAGCAGUCUGAUACAAUCCAUGUACAAGACACUUCUGAGUCAAAAUACACACAUUGAAACUAAUGUUUAGAUAUUGCUCUGAUGAUACUAGACAUUAAUUACAUUUACAUUUCAGUCAUUUAGCAGACGCUCUUAUCCAGAGCGACUUACAGUUAGUGAGUGCAUAAUUUUUUUUUCAUACUGGUCCCCCGUGGGAAACGAACCCACAACUCUGGCGUUGCAAACGCCAUGCUCUACCAACUGAGCUACACAGGACUAUAAUUAAUGGGAGAAUCCUUUUGUCUUUGUUUCACAGCAAUCUGCAAGCAGGGCUGCAACUUGCUUCAAGGAUUCUGCAAUGCCCCAGGAGAAUGCACGUGAGUCUGGGUUAACUUCAUGCUUUGUACCACUGUGUCCAUAUUAAUAAGAUCCCAGAAUAUUACUCCCUUUUCAAUUGAAAUCCUUUUGACUGAGAAUUGUGUCUGGGUGUACAGUGCCUUGCAAAAGUAUUCACCCCCCUUGGCGUUUUUCCUAUUUUGUUGCAUUACAACCUGUAAUUUAAACGGAUUUUUAUUUUUAUUUCAUGUAAUGGACAUACACAAAAUAGUCCAAAUUGGUGAAGUGAAAUGAAAAAAAUUACUUGUUUCAAAAAAUUAUACAAAAUAAAUAACGGAAAAGUGGUGCGUGCAUAUGUAUUCACCCCCUUUGUUAUCAAGCCCCUAAAUAAGAUCUGGUGCAACUAAUCACCUUCAGAAGUCACAUAAUUAGUUAAAUAAAGUCCACCUGUGUGCAAUCUAAGUGUCACAUGAUCUGUCACAUGAUCGCAGUAUAUAUACACCUGUUCUGAAAGGCCCCAGAGUUUGCAACACCGCUAAGCAAGGGGCACCACCAAGCAAGCGGCACCAUGAAGACCAAGGAGCUCUCCAAACAGGUCAGGGACAAAGUUGUGGAGAAGUACAGAUCAGGGUUGGAUUAUAAAAAAAUAUCAGAAACUUUGAACAUCCCACCGAGCACCAUUAAAUGCAUUAUUUAAAAAAUGGAAAGAAUAUGGCACUACAAUAAACCUGCCAAGAGAGGGCCGCCCACCAAAACUCACGGACCAGGCAAGGAGGGCAUUAAUCAGAGAGGCAACAAAGAGACCAAAGAUAACCCUGAAGGAGCUGCAAAGCUCCACAGCGGAGAUUGGAGUAUCUGUCCAUACACUCCACAGAGCUGGGCUUUAUGGAAGAGUGGCCAGAAAAAAGCAAUUGCUUAAAGAAAAAAAUAAGCAAACACGUUUGGUGUUCGCCAAAAGGCAUGUGGGAGACUCCCCAAACAUAUGGAAGAAGGUACUCUGGUCAGAUGAGACUAAAAUUGAGCUUUUUGGCCAUCAAGGAAAAUGUCUGGCACAAACCCAACACCUUUCAUCACCCCGAGAACAUAAUCCCCACAUUGAAGCAUGGUGGUGGCGCAUCAUGCUGUGGGGAUGUUUUUCAUUGGCAGGGACUGGGAAACUGGUCAGAAUUGAAGGAAUGAUGGAUGGCGCUAAAUACAGGGCAAUUCUUGAGGGAAACCUGUUUCAGUCUUCCAGAGAUUUGAGACUGGGACAGAGGUUCACCUUCCAGCAGGACAAUGACCCUAAGCAUACUGCUAAAGCAACACUUGAGUGGUUUAAGGGGAAACAUUUAAAUGUCUUGGAAUGGCCUAGUCAAAGCCCAGACCUCAAUCCAAUUGAGAAUCUGUGGUAUAACUUAAAGAUUGUUAUCCACCAGCGGAACCCAUCCAACUUGAAGGAGCUGGAGCAGUUUUGCCUUGAAGAAUGGGCAAAAAUCCCAGUGGCUAGAUGUGCCAAGCUUAUAGAGACAUACCCUAAGAGACUUGCAGCUGUAAUUGCUGCAAAAGGUGGCUCUACAAGUAUUGGGGGGGGUGGGGGGGGGUGAAUAGUUAUGCACACUCAAGUUUUCAGUUUUUUAGUCUUAUUUCUUGUUUGUUUCACAAGAAAAAAUAUUUUGCAUCUUCAAAGUGGUAGGCAUGUUAUGUAAAUCAAAUGAUACAACCCCCCAAAAAAUCAGGCAACAAAAUAGGAAAAAUGCCAAGGGGGGUGAAUACGUUCACAAGCCACUGUAUUGGCUGGGUAAUGGACUGUAGCUCUUUUUGAGUUCAAUGAGGAUGAUAAUGAUAUGACAUGGGGGGUUGAUCGCAUACCAGAGCUCGACCCCCACACUCCCCUCUCCCUAUCCCCCCUCUCUAUGGAACAUAGAGUGUAUUCCCCCCCCCCCCCCCCCCCCACUCCAGUCUGAUUCAGGAGCCAUUGUUCUUCUUCCUGUCCCAGACCUGGCCUGUAGCUGUAGCCGUGGCCUGUUUUUCACACAGCGUUUCCUUCCCUCCUCCAGCGGUGUGUCAGGGCCCCCUGCCCAUUUCUACUCUGCAGCCCCAAUCACCUCUUCCUAUCCUGGGCCUGUUUUGGCUGUCAUACCCCUCAUGGGAGUAUGGACUCCAUCCAGCAGCCUUAGUCACGUACAUGUUAUUCUGCAUGGCUGAACCAACCAAGUAUUCCAUGUGAAAUCCUCUUGUAAGACCUCCGUCUUGUGCAUCUCUCUGAGGUGCAUACUGAACCACACCUAUGGAUCUGUUCAAUAGGGAUAGCCGUGAGUGAGAGACGGGUUGGAUUUAGUUCACAUCUCAUAAAAUAAUGAAUUUUUCAUGGCUGGAAGAGAGGAACAGACUAGAAUGUGCCUCGACAUGUGAUUUGAAGUUCAGGACGAGUCUGUGUGUUUCCCGACCGUGAACAAACAACACGCCUUCUCCUGGAGUAACAUUACAUGCCUGGUGCCUGCGGAGGAAAACAAAAAAUGUGUUGGUGGUAUUUGGUUUCCUUACACACAGAGCAUUCACAACCUACCUCCCCCUUACAAAAACACAUGAAAAAAAAAAGUUUUCGGACACGUGUAACUUUUCACAUGAAUUUUUCACGUGAACAAAUCACGUGAAAAAUGUCACGUGGGGAAAACUCACAUGAGAGUCAUGACUCAGACACGUGGUUUCCCAACAUUUCUCAUGUUAUAAGUUUACAUGUGCGCUUUUGUUACUGCCGGUAUUAGAACCCUGGUGUCCCAUGGGAGAAGCCAAUGUCUUGACCGUUCGACCAAGAGGGCCAACUUAAUUUUGUAGUCGCAGGUGGUGCUACAUCAUCACGUGACCAUGAGCAACCACGACUGACUGUCAAACGAUUCAAAAUGUAAUCGAGUUUAUCGAAAGAGUCUUUGUGAUUAAUCACGAUUUAAUUUAUCCAUGUCAAAAAAAUGUAAGGGACCUCAAUCUGCAUGCAACAGACUGUUUAUUUCCCAGAGUCUUUCUGUGAAUAAUUCUUAGAGACAGAGAGAGAGAAAGAGAGAGAGAUAGAGAGCUACUGCGGCUGCAGGAGAUGUGCAGGCAGGUUGAGCCCCUGAGCCUGACCGUGAUAGGGAUCUGGAGCACAGGUUGGUGGCAACUUAAUUGGGGAGGACGGUCUCGUGGUAAUGGCUGGAGUGGACUGGUAUAAAAUAAUUCAAACAUGGUUUCCGUGUGUUUUAUACAUUUCCAUUAGCUCCGACCCGGCCAUUAUUAUGAGCCGUCCUCCCCUCAUCAGCCUCCUGUGAUCUGGAGGGUGUGGCUUCAAAGGGCUAUUUCCACAGUGUGGGUCUGACAGGGUUGGGCCUGGCUGUGCUGGGCUGGAGCGGGAUAUUUACGGUGUUGCUGGCUGGGCUGAAAGAGUCCUCCAUUAUAGGGCUGUGGUGAGGUGGUUGUUUGGUAAUGGUAAUGCCACCCUGGCCUUGUGGCCACCUUGGUCUCUCCCUGCUUUUACUGUGGACAGGGCCUCUCAGUGCUGCUACUGCUACUGCUGCUUAUAAAGCUUUACACUAAACCUCAGCACGCUAACAUGCAGUUUGGUAUACAGUAACACACCACUGCACACUUCAGUACUUUUACAAAUGUACAUUAGUAGACUACAAUACAAAGUUGUACUGCACUGCGUGUUGUGUUUGACUGCAGUAUCGCUUACUAGCGAACAUGUUAGCACACAGCACACAGCAGUACACUCACUGACUCCAGUACAGUAUAUAGACUAGUAGUGUAGGGUUUGGUUGGCAUCUAUUUGCAGGAGAGGGGUCUUUAAAUAGCCCAGGGCGAGAAGUGACAGCACAGGUGGGGCAAGGUUACCGCUGGCCUUGGAAUAACAGAGUGCAGCCAUAAACCAACAGAUUAGGGAACCGUUCACCAGCCUCCUCCGCUCGCAAUGCUGCUUGCCUAGGGGCUUCAGGUAUUUUAUUAAUGUCCUCUCUUUGACUCUGUCCAAGUUUUUCACAUAUGACCACACAAUGGGUCCAUUGCCUAUGUGUCUCUAAUGGAUGUCUGUGAUCUGUCUUGCAGGUGUAACUAUGGGUAUCAGGAUAUAAUGGUGUGUUUUGUCUUGCAGGUGUAAAUACGGGUGGCAGGGUCCGUUCUGUGAUGACUGCCUGCGCUACCCAGGCUGUGUCCACGGGACCUGCGUCAAGCCCUGGUUGUGCAGCUGUGAGAAGAACUGGGGAGGCCUGCUGUGUGACAAAGGUGAGGCAUUAGAGCAGACCAGACCUGGCCCACUGUACUAUUAACACAUCCUCUACAGUGACCUCUGACCUCCCUGUAGUGUCACACAACACAAGGUCACCUCUGAGUUCCCCUCAGCAGCAGGUGGUCAACAGAGGUCACUGAAGAGUGACUGCUAGAAACAGGAGAUCACUUCAGAGUAACAAGACGGAGAGGUGGAUGGAGAGGCUACAUUUAGCAAUAUGUAACAGUAUGCUUUCAUGUCCGACCAUAUGAAGUCGUGUGAUGACUAUGUAGUUAAUCUGUAACAUAUAAUUUACCAUCCUAAUCCUUUAGAUGUGUUCAUAUGAGACCAUUAAAGUGUGUAAAUGUAAUCCUUCCUGUAUGAUUCUCUCCAGAUUUGAACUACUGUGGGACGAACAAGCCAUGUAAGAAUGGAGGAAUGUGUAUGAACACAGAGCCAGAUGAGUACAACUGUGUCUGUUCUGACGGCUACUCAGGCAAGAACUGUGAGAUAGGUGAGUCAGUGAACAAAUUCAAUUAUGUCAGUGCCAAUGAGCACGGUUACAUGCACACAAUAAUACGAUUAUUGUGGAUAGUCAGAUUAAUAUAAUAGUUUGUUUAAAACGUUCACAUGCUUUGCAAGAAGAUCGAUUUCCCUAAUAAUCCUGUUUACAUGGACACAUCUGAAAUCAGGCUACUGAUGGGCCUUUUGAUAAAUGCAGAAAAUCGCCUAUCAAAAUAAACAUUCUACCACAGUAAAUAUGUUAUUUUUGCGAAACCUUUUUGAUUCUGAGUUCGGACCAAUCGUUUGUAUGUGAAAACUCUUUCUAAGAUGCAUACUUUCAGUUUUCUGAACUCACUUGUAAUAAGAGGGAGGCUCGCUCGGCUGGUUCUAGCACAUGCACAGAUCAAAUACACAGCUGGAACACCGAUUAAGGUGUUUACAUGUCCUAAUAAUUCAAAAGAUUACUCAGAAAACCAGGCGUUUUAAUCGGCAUAUGCUUACUUCGAUUUUGACCUUAUGCCGAUUAAGAUAAGCAGAGUAAGGUAUUUACAUAACUAUUUCUAUAUUCGGCCUACUGCCAUAAUCAGUUUAAUAUUGAAUUAUUAGUGUGCAUGUAAACAUACUCAAUGUUCUAUAGUUGAUAGUUUGCUUGUGUAUUUUGUUGCGCUAUUUAUGUCAUCUGUCACUCUGACUCAUGGCACAUUUCUCUCCCCACGUCUACCCCUUAUCUUCAGCUGAACACGCCUGUGUGUCCAACCCCUGUGCCAGCGGGGGCACCUGCCAUGAGAUCCCGUCUGGGUUUGAGUGCCACUGUCCUGCAGGCUGGGCAGGGCCCACCUGCGCUAAAGGUCAGUGAGUCACGAUCUUGCCCCUCCCAAGGUGUGUGUGUGCCCCCAUGUUUUUACAAAGCUGUACCCGUACAUCAUUGUGUGUGUGUGUUCCAGACAUGGACGAGUGUGCGUCUAACCCCUGUGCUCAGGGUGGGACCUGCAUCGACAUGGAGAACGGAUUUGAGUGCCUCUGCCCCCCACAGUGGGCUGGGAAGACCUGCCAGAUAGGUAAGCCUGGGAAAGAGAGGUGGCGGGUGGUCUGUAGUUUAGCCUAUCAUUCAGACUAGAGAGUUCUGAGGGCACAGUCUCUGCCUGGGAAAAUGGAGCAAAGCAUGUCCAAAUGGCUAAAGAUUAAUAUUAUGUCCUUGGGAGCAUAACUUGAGACUGUUUGCAUGCUAAAUUCAAUUAAGUGUUUGAUUUGAAGUGAAUGUGAUAUGUUGUGAUGUGACUUGAAGUGUUAUUGAAUCUAGCCGUGUUUGAUCUUAUGCCAGGAAUUUCCGUGCUCGUCCAGUAUCCGGUUGUUUGUGUCUCUCACCCUGUUGAGCCAGUCGUAUUACUAUGGUGUGGAUACUAAUUUGAAAUGGGUGCAUGCAUGUCCAUGGAGAAAGCUGGAUAUUAUGUGCAACCUGAGCCAGGUUUCUUGAGUAAAACUAUAAAUAACACCUAGCCUGGCAACUGCUAACCUUGGGGCCUGAUAUAGCCUGACAGUGCGUUAUCUUUGGCUACAGACUGGGAUAAAAGGGGUAUGUACUCUAGUCUCCACCCAGAGCAGAGCCUCACCCCAACACCGCUAUUUAGCUCCGUUGAGUGGCAAGGGGAAAGGAAACACUUUAUAACCUGUAAACACGCUCAGGGAGGAACCCAAGCUCCAGGUGUUGUGUUACGCGGUCCGUUAUUCUCAGUGCGCAGGCGGUUCCCCUUUCAGCGAGCGGGCGGUACCUGAGAGAGGGGUGUCGGGUGUCCGCAGCCCAACAGGUGCCUCUCACCUCUGAGGAAAAGCGAUUGUGUUCUGGUCUGUCCAGGGAGAGGGUGUUAGUGACCAUUGCCUUGGGAACUGACCACUGGGAAAGCUCUGGACGUCAGAGAAUAGAUCAGUUCAGAAAUAGGGUAGGCAACUGAAAUAAAUGUUUAGGGUAGGAGGCAGAGCCAGCAAAAUGGAUGGCAAAAAGUUGAGAAAGUUUUUUGGAUGGCAAAAAGUUGAGAAAGUUUUCUAAAGGCAGGUUUAAGGUUAUAAUUAUUAUCAGGGGCUUUAGUUUCUGUGUAGCCUUGCACUGUAGAGAUCUGCUUGGUGGUGGGGCUUGGAGGCUGGUUCUUAGAUCUCUCUCUCUCUCUCUUCUCUCUCUCUCUCUCUCUCUCUCUCUCUCUCUCUCUCUCUCUCUCUCUCUCUCUCUCUCUCUCUCUCUCUCUCUCUCUCUCUCUCUCUCUCUCUCUCUCUCUCUCUCUCUCUCUCUCUCUCUCUCUCUCUCUCUCUCUCUCUCUCUCUCUCUCUGUCUGUCUGUCUUCACUCCGCAGACGCUAAUGAGUGUAUGGGGAACCCUUGCCUCAAUGCUUACUCUUGCAAAAACUUGAUCGGUGGAUAUCACUGUGCCUGCUUUCAAGGAUGGGCCGGCCAGAACUGUGACAUCAGUCAGUAUCAGUUAAUCAUGUGCCUCUGUCCCCUUUGCCUGCAGCUAGCUCCGACACCUACCUGGGCCGCUGGCCAAGCUGUCCUGUUCCUAUCUCAGGCUCUCUCUUUCUGCUUUAUUAUGGCCUACAAAUACUUAUCUAGAUCCAUGGAUGGUGUAUUUACAUGACUAUGAGAAGCACAUCCUGUAGAUAUCGUUGAAGGUUUUGUAGUCGACCUCACUGGCUUUCACUGCAUGCACUAACCAACAGCAUCAUGUCUUCCUGCACCUUGAGAGAAAUCUUCUUCUGAGUUUCUUUGAAGCAUUAACCAAGUUGCACAUUCUAUGUUUUGUUUGUUUAUCACAUGCAUGCCCCCACUGCAUGUUCCCCUGUCCUAUCUGUUGACCUGUAUUAGUAAGUUCUUUCUUUCCCCUCUGCAGAUGUCAACAGCUGCCAUGGACAGUGUCAGAAUGGAGCGACAUGCAAGGUAGGACAUUUUAUUCAAUAAGGCAAUCUAGCCACUGUGUUUGAUGCCCUCCAUUCAUAUUAUAUCUAUGGUUAGCAUUAUUAUGGGUAUGAGAGCCUCUGAGUGACAACUUUUUUCUUUACGCUUCGUACAGGAAGGGCGAAGAGGCUACGUGUGUGCCUGCUCACUGGGGUUUGUAGGCCGGCACUGUGAGGUCCAAAGGAACAGCUGUGCCAGCGGCCCGUGUAGGAACGGGGGCAGGUGCCACACCCUGCUGGACGGCUUCAUGUGUGAGUGCCCACAUGGGUACACUGGCACCACCUGUGAGGUGAGCUAUGGUCCAGUCCAGACCUUUGACAAAUCUGAUCUUGUCUUUUAUACACAACAAUUAUCUAUUUAUCCAUCUAUCCAACUAUUCAUCCACUCAUCUUUCCAUCUGUCCAUUCGUAGGUGCAGAGUAAACCGUGCAGCCCUAACCCGUGCCAGAACAAGGCCCAGUGCCACAGUCUGAUGGAAGACUUCUACUGUACCUGUCCUGAUGACUUUGAGGGUAAGACCUGCUCCGAGCUCAAGGACCACUGCAAGACCAAUCCCUGUGAAGGUACAAACCAAUCUAUAAACCUAUUGCUGUCAUCUCAACUCAAAUAACUCAACCCAUUGUAAAAGUACUAACCAGGCAGUUCUCUUGUCUAGCCUAAAUUGAAACCUGAUCUUAAGCUGCUUAGUCCUCAGGUCAACCUCAAGAUCAACCAUCAUUUCAACCCAAUCCUCUCAGGUCUAUCUCACCAACAGUCUCUUGUCAUUCCUUCUGUUUUGAUCCCAGUGAUUGACAGUUGUACUGUCGCCGUGGCCACCAACGACACACAGGAAGCGGUGUGGCACAUCUCGUCCAAUGUGUGCGGUCCCCACGGACGCUGCAUCAGCCAGCUUGCUGGGAACUUCACCUGCUCAUGUGAACCGGGCUUCACAGGAACAUACUGUCACGAGAGUGAGUAGACACACACUCCAUCAUCAUCACACAUCAUUGACUUCAUCAUCAAAAUCAUCACCAUCAUCAUACCAUAAGACUAAACAUCCCGAUCCUUACUGUAACACACCACUGACUUCAUCAGUCUCAUUGUCUUCCUCAUCAUCCCCAUCCUCAUUCAUAGUCUCUCCUCUCUCCCUCCCAGACGUAAACGACUGUGUGUCGUCUCCCUGUAAGAACGGAGGAACCUGCAUCGACGGGAUCAGCUCUUUCCAGUGCUUUUGCCCUGACGGCUGGGAGGGCACGCUGUGUGACAUGGGUAUGUGUGUGUGUGUCCCUGGGUGGUUUUACUCUACAUCUCCAUGGUGUGUGUGUUACUCUAACUGAUCCCUGGUGGUUGUGUUCCAGAUGUGAAUGAGUGCAGUAGGAACCCCUGUAAGAACGGAGGUCACUGUGUGGACCUGGUCAAUGACUUCUACUGUCAGUGCCAGGAUAACUGGAAGGGCAAGACCUGCCACUCACGUGAGAGCCAGUGUGACUCCAGUACCUGCAGUAAUGGGGGGACGUGCUUCGACCACGGGGACACCUUCCGCUGUACCUGUCCUUCAGGGUGGGGCGGCAGCACCUGUAACACAGGUAAGAAUCCAUUAUUGCUUGGUUUUAACUAUGUCAUUCAAGGGAAAAUCUAAUAGACUGCUCUGGUCCAUACGCUCCAUAGGAGUCAUUUUUUUUGCAGAAAUGUGAAUAUAGGUUCUAAGCUCAUCAUAUUUUAUUUAUCUUGUCAGGCAAGAACAGCAUGUGUGACUCUAACCCAUGUGAGAACAGCGGGACCUGUGUCGGAGGGGGUGAUGCCUACACCUGCAUCUGCAAGGAUGGCUGGGAAGGGCCCACAUGUGCUCAGAGUAAAGCACAAUUUACUUAAUUAUUUUCAGGUUAUAAUCAUAAACUAAAACGCGUCUGAUUUUUAUUCUGUGUCAUCCCCUCUCUUCACAGAUGCUAAUGACUGCAACCCAACCCCCUGGUAAGUUGAACAUAUUGAAUAAACCUAAAUACUUUUCAUGUCUUGGCUCCACUACUCGCUCUGUUAUAAGGCUAUCGCAUCUCUUCACAGACCCAAACGCACCGAUAUUAGAGCAUAAUCUCUCAGUGUUCUGGUUUCAAAACAGGAAUAAAUUACUCUCACACACCGCUCAUCUCGCAAAUCUAAUUUAAUACUCAGAGAUUUCUUGUUAAAGUUUGUUCCGUGGAGGUGUAUGUGUGAAAGGGGAAUUGUGUGUAUCCCUGACUCCUCAGAACAGUGCAGGGCCUGACAGCUGGGUAUUCCAGGGUCCUGUGGAUCAGAGGGGCUGAGUGGACAAAGGCUCCCGCCACCACAAUCCCUGACAGGGGGAUUAGCACGGUGGGGUGCCCCUCACCCAAUUCUUCACCACUGACCCCUGAGCAUGGGGUGGUGUAGGCAAGAGAGGGGGGCUGGGGAACAGCAUAUAGGACCAGCACAGUAUGGGGUGAUUUUGGGAUUUGCAUAUGAAGUCUGGACAUUGAUAAGGGAUCAGCUUUAGUGACCACAGUCUCUGUCUCUAGUCCCCUGCCUUGGGAUUCUGCUGCUGGGAUCUAGACCUGAGAUUGUGAAGGCUUUUUUCUCUUUGUAGUCUAAGCCUUCAGCCUUUUGUAUGCUGCUGCACCUGUGCCAAUGGUAUGGGCUGAUGUAUUGAUGUGUGGUUCUGUUUCCUUCCUCCAGCUAUAACAGUGGUGUCUGUGUGGAUGGUGUGAACUGGUUCCGCUGUGAGUGUGCCCCGGGAUUCGCCGGACCAGACUGCCGGAUCAGUGAGUCCCUGGGAACCAGAGGGGUGUGUGGGGGUCAGAUUGGAAGGUUCAGGGGUGAAAGGUGACGGGGGGAUUUUGAGCUGAUUGUUUGUGAGGGACAGAUUAGGAAGCCUUUAGGAAGCCUAUCUUAACCUCCAACCCCUCUUGUGAGGAGAGGUCAGCUGUAUUCUGCAAACAGGUCAGUUCAGUCUGACAUUCUCAGACACAAUCCUCUUUCCUUUUCCCCUUUUCAGAGAGGGUCUAUUUUUCACGUGGGGAUGCCAGACAUGAGAACCAACCAGCCCCUACCCUGUUGUGAUGAUAUUAUAGCUAGGUGCAUUGCAGUAGACUAGAGAUAUUUGUGUAGUAAUGUCCUCUUGUUUCCCAAUCAGACAUAGAUGAGUGCCAGUCAUCUCCCUGUGCUUAUGGUUCUACCUGUGUGGAUGAGAUCAACAGCUUCCGCUGUGUGUGUCCCCUGAGCCGGGCUGGGCCUCGCUGCCAGGAGUGUGAGUACACUGCAGCUAUAGAGAAAAUACCUUUAUUACUGUAUCCAUGGAGUAUGGGAACUUUCUUCCAUUGACCUCGUGCGUGGUAGGAAGAGUUUCUAAGGGCUGGGCCUGAUAUUGCCUUAGUCCUAACUCUGCUCCUCUCUCUUCCCUCUGCAGUCAUAGGGAUCGGGAAGGCCUGUCGUUAUUCCGGCCUGCAGUUCCCUCACGGCAGUCGAUGGGAGGAGGAGUGUAAUACCUGCCAGUGUGUCAACGGCAGUGUGUACUGUUCUAAGGUGAGACUUGCAUGGUUUUAUUACACACAGUGAAGCUGUGUGUGUGUGCAAGCUGCCUCUCUGACCUCUCUCUCUCUCUCUGUGUGUGUGUGUGUGUGUGUGUGUGUGUGUGUGUGUGUGUGUGUAUGUGUGUGUACAGGUGCAGUGUGGCCGACGGCCCUGUCUGCUCCAUAGAGGUGCUUCCGGUCCAGACAGCAGUGCCCCUUGUCCUGGAGGACAGGAGUGUGUAGAACACCAAUUCCUCACCUGCUUCGCCCCGCCCUGCCACCAGUGGGGCGUGUGUUCCACCCCUGACCCCCCACCGCCCCUCCACACUCAGUGUGAACCCAACAGUGGUUACUUGGACAACAGCUGUGCCCGCAUCACACUCAUCUUCAACAGAGACAAAGUUCCACAGGUGAGUGUACAACAUCAUUAUCUGACUAACAUUAAGUAAGAUAUUUAAUUAAAAAAUAUAUAUACAAUUCUAUUUGCAUAUUUGAUUAUUGACUUAGUUUUACUAGACUUGAAUCUCCGACCACACCUUCCCCGUACUCUGCCAGAGAAUUAAAGUGAAUAGAGUGUGUGUGUGUGCUGAUCAAAGGGUACCACUGUGGAGAACAUCUGUUCGGAGCUGAGGUACCUUCCCAUCACCCAGACCCUGGCUAAGGAACACACGCUCCUCAUUCUCUGUGACCUGUCCUACUCCAACAGUGGCGCUGUGGAGGUUGCCAUGGUGAGUGCCUCUCUCUCUCUCUCGCCGUGGCCACCCAGGCUCCUCUCCAGUAAGACAUGGGAAAUCAGGCACUACAGGGCACUAAACCCUUAAUGGAGGGGAUUAGGCCUUUCCUUGUGACGUAGUCAUGUUUGGGGACAUACAGGAAAAGGAGUGGUGUGUCUGAUGUCCUUGUAGCUUUGUACUGAGUUGAAUAAUUAAACUCCAUAGACCCUCUAAAGGCUUACAGUGAUGUUAGUUGUGCUUUGUUAGACAAUUAUGAAAUAGUCUUAACUCAACAUGAUCAUGAAGUCGUAUUAUUUCAACCUAAUAUGAGUCUUGUGUUGUGGAUCUGGGUUUGGCAGAGUUGUCCCAUCCAGCUGACUCUAUGUAUCUGUAUCAAUACAGAUGUUUUAUGGAGACCCAGAAACGGUGUGUUCUCAGUAAGAGGCCACAGUAGUCCACUCUGAAGCCCAGAGGCUGUUAGAUGUCAGAAUGGGGUGAGGGGCUGUGUGUCACAGUUGUGUGUGUGAAUGAGCAGCUGCUUUCCCAGAGAGAAGAAAGAGGAGUGUUGCUGACUGACUGACUGACUCUCUUAUUAUUCUUCACACUGACUGGCUGGCUGGCCAGGGAGCACCAGAGAGCCACAGCUGGCCUGUUCUCCAUUGUUCAUCCUAAUUAAAGUGCACAGCAUCCAGCUAAUCUCCCUCUGCUCCCCCUGGACUCUCUGGUCCACUUAUUAGGCAAUUAACUAGACCUGCUUUGUGCUCUACGGGGGUGCAUGUGAGAAGUUAGGACUAGGACUCCCUCUCUCCUGUUGUGUUGACUCACCAUUUCCCCAUCUCUCUCCCUCUUCUCCAGUCGUAUGAUCAGGAUGGUCAGGAGCGGGAUGGAGACCAUGGUCAGAUCCAAGAGGCUGCCAGUGCCAUCAUCGGUGCCCUGUCCAAACGACACAACAGCACCGUCAUGCUGGCCGUGGUGGAGGUCAAAGUGGAGACACAGGUCAUGCCCCAGUCUGUGGGUGAGUAACUGGACUCGACUUGGUUUAACUGUAUGCAUGUUUUUAUACUGGGCUUUCGAUUAGGUAGCAUUACAGUACAUGACAGUAAAGUUUAAUUUAAUGGUCUUUCUGUCUCCAGACUACCUGGUUCCAGUCCUGUGUGUGGUGUUCAGUGUGCUGUGGAUCUUCUGCAUCGUGGUGUGUGUGUGGUGGACCCGUAAGAGGAAGAAAGAGCGUGAGAGAGAGUCUGCAGCGGAGGACAGCACUGUCAACAACCAGCUGGAGCCGCUGAGGGUCAUCUUGCCACAGCACAAAGACAACCUAGACAAAGACAUUCAGUACGAAUGCAAGAAACUCAUGAGCCCUCCAGACCGGACGUGUGACGGGGCUGAGGAAGAGGAGGAGGAGGACGGCGAGGAGGAGGAGCUGAGGAGGGGAGGGAUGGAGCUAGACAAGUGCUCCACACAAAAGUGCUCCUUGGCAGGAGUGCAGGACAGAGUGAUGGGCAAAGGGGGGGUGAUCUGUACGAUGCGUAGCGCCCCUGUCAAACCCCCCCACCGGACAGCGUACAGCCCCAAAGACAACCGGUGUAAAAACCUCAACGCUGCCAACUUCAGUGUGGAUGUCAAAGAUAAUUAUGUAUGAGCUCGGCCUAGAGGUGGGACCUCUCAAACUAAAGAUGACUUCUCCAUCUAAUAGAAAAACACAAGCACCAAUAGUAAAGAUUUCAGACAUGUUUUACAUUUCAUUUGACUUUAUUCUCUGUCUGCAACAUGGAGGCUUCUUAUUUACUAAAAGCAUUGCAAAAGAACAUUUCAGCAACAAAAAGAGACCUGAAUUUGUUUCUUUUUUUUGUUUACAAAUUGUUGCUCCCUUUAAAGGAGAGACCUUUUUUUCACAGCGUGUCACUGAGAAAAUGGUGUAUCAUGUGACUUUGGCGAGAGCACUGCCAUUGGAGGACUAUGGAGAGUCCAUUGAAUGGCAGCUGUCGUUGCACUACUACAUUACUACUAGUGCAUUUAGUCCAUAUCUGCCUUAACCCGCACUGUGGGCAUUUUCUUUGUUCUCUUGGUAUAAUAAUGUCAUUAGUAUAAGUAAAAUUAUGUAAAAGAUUAUAUAUAAGACCGUUCGAAAGCUAUAAGCAGUGUAACACCUGACAUCAGCAUUAGUUUAUAAACAUAAACAUAUUUUCCAUGACAUGUCAAUGCUUCUAAAGACCUUAGGUAUAUCCCUUUAACAUGCCUUUUACUUCAUCAUUUCCUUCAGCCCUUCUUUUAUUAUUUCAUCUUAUUCAAAGAAUUGAUCCAGAACUUAACAAUUCAUACAGUGGGGAAAAAAAGUAUUUAGUCAGCCACCAAUUGUGCAAGUUCUCCCACUUAAAAAUAUGAGAGAGGCCUGUAAUUUUCAUCAUAGGUACACGCCAACUAUAACAGACAAAUUGAGGAAAAAAAAUCCAGAAAAUCACAUUGUAGGAUUUUUAAUGAAUUUAUUUGCAAAUUAUGGUGGAAAAUAAGUAUUUGGUCAAUAACAAAAGUUUCUCAAUACUUUGUUAUAUACCCUUUGUUGGCAAUGACACAGGUCAAACGUUUUCUGUAAGUCUUCACAAGGUUUUCACACACUGUUACUGGUAUUUUGGCCCAUUCCUCCAUGCAGAUCUCCUCUUGAGCAGUGAUGUUUUGGGGCUGUCGCUGGGCAACACGGACUUUCAACUCCCUCCAAAGAUUUUCUAUGGGGUUGAGAUCUGGAGACUGGCUAGGCCACUCCAGGACCUUGAAAUGCUUCUUACGAAGCCACUCCUUCGUUGCCCGGGCGGUGUGUUUGGGAUCAUUGUCAUGCUGAAAGACCCAGCCACGUUUAAUCUUCAAUGCCCUUGCUGAUGGAAGGAGGUUUUCACUCAAAAUCUCACGAUACAUGGCCCCAUUCAUUCUUUCCUUUACACGGAUCAGUCGUCCUGGUCCCUUUGCAGAAAAACAGCCCCAAAGCAUGAUGUUUCCACCCCCAUGCUUCACAGUAGGUAUGGUGUUCUUUGGAUGCAACUCAGCAUUCUUUGUCCUCCAAACACGACGAGUUGAGUUUUUACCAAAAAGUUCUAUUUUGGUUUCAUCUGACCAUAUGACAUUCUCCCAAUCCUCUUCUGGAUCAUCCAAAUGCACUCUAGCAAACUUCAGACGGGCCUGGACAUGUACUGGCUUAAGCAGGGGGACACGUCUGGCACUGCAGGAUUUGAGUCCCUGGCGGCGUAGUGUGUUACUGAUGGUAGGCUUUGUUACUUUGGUCCCAGCUCUCUGCAGGUCAUUCACUAGGUCCCCCCGUGUGGUUCUGGGAUUUUUGCUCACCGUUCUUGUGAUCAUUUUGACCCCACGGGGUGAGAUCUUGCGUGGAGCCCCAGAUCUAGGGAGAUUAUCAGUGGUCUUGUAUGUCUUCCAUUUCCUAAUAAUUGCUCCCACAGUUGAUUUCUUCAAACCAAGCUGCUUACCUAUUGCAGAUUCAGUCUUCCCAGCCUGGUGCAGGUCUACAAUUUUGUUUCUGGUGUCCUUUGACAGCUCUUUGGUCUUGGCCAUAGUGGAGUUUGGAGUGUGACUGUUUGAGGUUGUGGACAGGUGUCUUUUAUACUGAUAACAAGUUCAAACAGGUGCCAUUAAUACAGGUAACGAGUGGAGGACAGAGGAGCCUCUUAAAGAAGAAGUUACAGGUCUGUGAGAGCCGGAAAUCUUGCUUGUUUGUAGGUGACCAAAUACUUAUUUUCCACCAUAAUUUGCAAAUAAAUUCAUUAAAAAUCCUACAAUGUGAUUUUCUGGAUUUUUUUUUCUCAAUUUGAUUCUCAACCUAUGAUGAGAAUUACAGGCCUCUCUCAUCUUUUUAAGUGGGAGAACUUGCACAAUUGGUGGCUGACUAAAUACUUUUUUUCCCCACUGUAUAAAGGGAAAAUAUGUCCUUUCACAACUCUUCAUAUCACCAUAAAGGUGUUUCUUUGAACAAUGUAUAUAUGUAAAUAUAAAAAUGGCUGUGUAUAUUUGAAUUUAGUAACUUAAGUGAUCCUUUUUAUUAUAGUUAUUCGAAAGAAUAAGAUUGUUAAUGUUUUGUUGGUUUUUUAUUGUGUCAUUCCGUUUUAUUAGUGUCUGUUGACACAGGCCAGGUUUUAUACAGAUUUAUGGACAAUAUCCAGGGUCCCACUUAAUCACAAAAGCAUUGACAGAAACAAAUUAUUAUAAGUGCUUGUUUGUUUUGCUUUAUGAUUUUAUUAUGUUCCAACACUUCAAAUUGUCAGUAAGCACAGUUGUUAGUUCUAGUUCUAGGCUUGUCCGCUGCUUAAGUCGGAGCUAUCGGUUGGGAGUUUCCCUAGUGAAUGCUGGUUCACCAUCUCCCAUUCACUAUGCUACAGUAUGUGAACGUUAGAAUGUCCUAUUAUAAUGCAGGGGUCAGAGGAGGCUGGUGGGUGGAGCUAUAGGAGGACGGGCUCAUUAUAAUGGCUGGACUGGAAUUAAUGGAACGGUAUUAAACAUGUGGAAACCACGUUUGACUUCCAGCCAUUACAAUGAGCCCGUCCUCCUAUAGCUCCUCCCACCAGCCUCCUCUGGCAUGGGGUGUACCAAUACAUGGAUGGUUUGUGUUGAUCUGAUACAGAAGCAGUGCUAGCAGGCUCUUAUCAUCGUGAUUUGGGUCGGAAUCAGGAGUAACUACAAUUCAAUUCAAGGCCAUGAUCA